AAUUUCCUUGCAUCUUGACAACCAUCACCGCGAUGAAGUCAAUCCCAUGUCUCCUCCUCGCCGCGUCAGCCGCCCACGGCUUCAGCCUUGCGGACCCAGAAAAGGCCGACGUCGCGGUCAAGCUUGCAGCGUGGAAGGCGAGCCAAGCUGGCAAGAACGCGGCGGCCAACGGCUUUCUCCCGCCCAAGCCGGCGCACGGCACCGUCGAAGAUGACGAGGUUGCUCGGUUUGCCGCGACCCAAAAGAUCGUCGACGAGCUCAACAAACAGCACAAGGGUGCUAUCUUUUCGACCGACAACCAGUUUGCACUCAUGACGGAAGCGGAAUUUGCGGCCUUUGUCAAGGGCGCGUUCAAGCACGAGGCGCCGGCGCGCCAACUGCGCAGCGAUGACGUUCAGCUGACGCUGACGCAAGCCCAGGAGGAGGCCACCGAGAUCGACUGGACGACCAGCGCGUGCAUGUCGCCCGUGCGCGACCAGGGCGUCUGCGGCUCGUGCUGGGCGUUCGCGGCCGUCGGUGCCGUCGAGGCUGCCCACUGCCUCGUGACCAACUCGCUCGUCGACUUUUCCGAGCAACAGCUCGUGAGCUGCGCGUCGAGUGCGGGCUACGGCUGCCGGGGCGGCUGGCCCAACUUGGCGCUCGACUACAUUGCCCAAACCGGUCUCUGCACCGAGGCCGCCUUCCCGUACGCCUCUGGUAGCACCGGCAAGAACGGUCGGUGCAAAAACAACUGCUCCAAGACCAAGGUCCUCGUUGGCAAGUCCGUCAACAUCCAAGGCGAGGGCGCGUUGCAAACUGCCCUCGACAAGCAGCCAGUGACGGUGGUCGUCGAGGCUGGCAACAACGUGUGGCGCAACUACAAGAGCGGCGUCGUGCAGAGCUGCCCUGGUGCGCAGUCGGACCACGCUGUCCUUGCCGUGGGCUACGGCACGAAAGACGGCGUGCAACAUUUCAAGAUCAAGAACUCGUGGGGUGCGAGCUGGGGCGAAUCAGGCUACAUCUACCUCCAGCGCGGCGUGGCCGGCAAGGGCAUGUGCAACGUGGCCGAAGCACCAACAGCCAUUGGGUGCAAAAACAUGUAA